GAUAACAAAUCACAAGUAUCCGGCAGCAGAAAAGGGGUUUAUCCAUGUAUAAACCCUGAAGAACAGAAGAGAAGUUGUCGCUGCUUCAACGCUACCCUUGUCCGUCGUCGUUGUAUCCAAUCCACCAGGUCUGCUAUCUUCUUCAGUUGCAUACUUACAUACAUGAUAUAUGCAUCUCCACCCACAAUUUAUUUUUUCUAUCUGAUGCUUGAUUAUUAAUUUACUCUUAUUAUACUUAUAAUCCAACAUGGAACCUAAUUUGUUCAAGUUCUCUCCCAAAACAUCACCAACUGUCACUGUUUUCCCUCUUUCUUUUUCAUUCAAUUCCUCCCUGCUUCAAACUUCAAAACGCGUCUCGGUUCUUGCAAAACUGCCACAGAAAUCCACCUUUUUAGGUACACAUUUGGUUCUGGACAAUCAUUUUAUUCAAUCUACAAAGCCCCAUGUCCCGUUUUCCCCUAUUAGAGCGAUUGUCAAGAGGAGAAAAGAACUCCCUUUUGAUAAUGUUAUCCAAAGAGAUAAGAAGCUCAAAUUAGUCCUCAAGAUCCAGAAGAUUUUAGCUAGUCAGCCAGACCGGGUAAUGCCUCUUCGUGACUUGGGUAGGUUUAGGAGAGAAUUGGGCCUUCAACGGAAAAGACGCUUUAUUGCGUUGCUUAAAAAAUUUCCAAGAGUUUUUGAGAUCGAGGAAAAAGGGGUUUAUUCUCUCAACUUCAAAUUGACACCCGAGGCUGAGCAGCUUUACUUGGAGGAAUUGAAAGUUAGAAAUGAAAUGGAGGGUUUGCUGGUUAUUAAGUUAAGGAAAUUGUUGAUGAUGUCCUUGGAUAAAAGAAUUUUGUUGGAGAAGAUUGCCCACUUGAAAACUGAUCUUGGCCUUCCUAUGGAAUUUCGAGACACCAUUUGUCACCGAUAUCCACAAUAUUUUAGGGUUGUUCAGACUGGACGAGGCCCGGCCUUGGAGUUGACUCAUUGGGAUCCUGAACUUGCUGUCACUGCUGCUGAGCUUGAGGAAGAAGAAAAACGUGAAAGAGAGUCAACGGAGAAAGAUUUGAUUAUUGACAGACCACCAAAGUUUAGUAGAAUAAACUUACCAAAAGGCCUUAAGCUUUCUAAAGGGGAAAUGAGAAGGAUUCAUCAGUUUAAUGACAUGCCUUUUAUAUCACCCUAUUCCGACUUCUCUGCUUUGAGGCCUGGUACAGCAGAGAAAGAAAAGCAUGCUUGUGCUGUUGUUCAUGAGAUGCUAAGUCUCACUGUAGAAAAGAGAACUCUGGUGGAUCAUCUUACUCAUUUUAGAGAGGAGUUCAGGUUCUCCCAGCAGCUUAGAGGAAUGCUGAUAAGGCACCCCGAUAUGUUCUAUGUGUCCCUGAAAGGGGAUAGGGAUUCUGUUUUCCUUAGGGAUGCAUAUCGUGAUUCUCAUCUUGUUGAGAAAAAUAAAUUGCUGCUUAUUAAAGAGAAGCUCCGUUCACUUGUUGCUGUUCCACGAGUCAGGGGGUAUGUAAGAUCUGAUACUCGGGAGGAUCAAGAAACUGACGUGGAAGAGGAUGGAAGUGGUGUGGAAGAUGGAGACUGGUCUGAUAUUGAUGGUUUAAUGAGUGGGGAUGACGGUGAAGAUGGGGAUGAUGAUGAUUGGAGUGAGGAUGAAGAUGAUGAUAUACCACCAGAUUUUGAUGAAGAUGAUAAAACUUUGAAGCUUGGACCAAGAAAACAAGCUAAAGAGGGAGCUGCCUCAGCUAAGAAUGAAGACAAGGCUCUUGCUCCCAUGUUCCCUGAUGGUCGUCCAAGAGAACGCUGGUAAAUACAAUAAUAUCAUGCAUAGUCUUAAGGACCAAAUGGUCAUGCUUCAUCAGAAGGUCGUUCUCAUUUCCAUGUGGGCUGGAUUACCUAAAGAAUUUGUUAUCCUUGGAUCAAGAAAACAUUUGGUUGUAUUGGAGGUUUGGCAUAUUCUUGUAACUUAGUUCUUUUUUUUUUUUUUAGCCAAACAUAUGAAAUGCUUCGAUAAUAGAUUGUGUUUAUAAUAAUUGUUGUUUUAUUUGCUUUUGUUGCAUCAGAGUGGAAGUUUCUGUACUCAUGUAUUAGAUCACGAUACCAGAAAACUGUGUAGAUUCACAUCUAUUCACCACCUGAAUUUAUCAAUGUAUCAUUAAGCACCAGUGAUUAUCCGA